AUGGCUCAUAACGAGAAAUCUGCAGCUGACGAUGGCACUCUUCAUAUGCGUGUGGAGAAAUCCCUAUCCGACGCGUUCGCCCUGUCCAACUAUGUCACCAUCGCCCCUGGUCAAGUCGAUCCUUCAGAACAUUACUUGCUCGUGAACAAUGAGUUUGUCUUUACUGCAAGAAAUGAUAAUUCGAUGCACAAGGGCGUACUUGGAACCAGCGCUAUGCACCGCCGAUGGGCUCAGUUGUCACUCAACGAAGAGGUUUCAGUGGUUCCUUAUAACCCAUUUGAAGAGAGCAACAGCGUAUACUUGUCAAGCCUUAGAGUUGAAGUUGGCUUUCUUCGCAAGAGCGCUCAAAUGGAUGUCGAUGACUUCGAUACUGAAAAGAUGGAGGAAGGAUUUUCUUCGAGUUUCCACAAUCAAAUCUUUUCGAUUGGCCAAAUCCUCGUAUUCGAUUUCCGUGGUGUGAAGCUCUUAUGCAAGAUUGCCGAUUUGGAAGUAGUGGAUUUGGAGACUUUGAAAAAGGCUGCAAGAGGUGAUAUUGAACCUGAAGCCAUGAAUGGAUCCCCUGCAUCACGUGGUGUUUUAAUGCGUCAGACUGCCAUCCAAUUUGGUAAAGCAAGUGAAUCCACCAUUCGUCUCAAAGGAGCCAAGAAAUCUUCUACUGCCAAGGCAUUGAUCAAGGCUGAUUUCAAGUUUGAGGAUCUUGGUAUUGGAGGUCUUGAUAAGGAAUUCAGCGAUAUCUUUCGACGUGCCUUUGCUUCUCGUAUCUUUCCACCUUCGAUUGUUGAAAAGCUUGGUGUACAGCACGUCAAGGGUCUCCUCUUGUAUGGUCCUCCAGGCACAGGCAAAACCUUGAUUGCUCGACAAAUUGGUAAAAUGUUGAAUGCUCAGGAACCCAAGGUGGUUAGCGGUCCCGAAGUCUUGAGCAAGUUUGUCGGCCAAAGUGAAGAGAACGUGCGUAAGCUUUUUGCCGAUGCUGAAGCAGAGUACAAGUCCAAGGGAGAGGAAUCGAGCUUGCAUAUCAUCAUCUUUGAUGAAUUGGAUGCCAUUUGCAAACAACGUGGUAGUCGUGGUGAUAGUAGCGGCGUCGGUGAUUCGGUGGUCAACCAGCUUUUGGCAAAGAUGGAUGGUGUGGAUCAACUCAACAAUAUCCUUAUCAUUGGUAUGACAAAUCGCAAAGACAUGAUUGAUGAAGCAUUGUUGCGUCCAGGUCGUCUUGAGGUACACAUGGAAAUUGGUUUACCUGAUGAAGGUGGUCGUCUUCAAAUCUUGAACAUCCACACAAGCAAGAUGCGUGAAAACGAUAUUUUGGAUACAGACGUUUCAUUGGAGGAGUUGGCAAACUUGACCAAGAACUACAGUGGUGCUGAGAUUUCUGGUGUGGUCAAAGCUGCAUCUUCGUAUGCGUUUACUCGGCAUACCAAGGUUGGCACAGUCGCUGAUGUUGCUCCUGAUGUCGAGAAUAUGAAGGUCAAUAUGGAAGACUUUUUAUCAGCCUUGCAAGAAGUCCCUCCAUCCUUUGGUGUUUCUGAAACCGAACUUAAGCAAUGUGUGCAAAAUGGCGUCAUCCCAUUUGGAGAACACAUCGAGCAAAUCUUGGCCGAUGGCAAAUUGUAUGUUGACCAAGUACGGGAAUCGGAUCGCACUCCCGUUGUCAGUGUAUUGGUGCACGGACCUGCUGGAAGUGGCAAGACUGCAUUGGCAGCAACCAUCGCAUUGGAAAGUGAAUUCCCCUUCAUCAAACUCAUUUCCCCCGAAUCCAUGGUUGGUAUGACUGAAUCUGCCAAGAUUGCAGAGAUAAACAAGAUCUUCAACGAUUCAUACAAGUCGCCUGCCAGUGUUAUCGUCAUUGAUAGUAUUGAGCGUUUAGUGGAUUGGGUGCCUAUUGGUCCAAGAUUCUCCAACGCAGUACUCCAAGCGCUUCAAGUUUUGAUCAAAAAGAAGCCCCCAAAAAAUCGUCGUCUUUUGAUCAUUGGCACAACGACAGAGCACAAAGUAUUGGAUGACAUGGAUAUUGCCGAUGCUUUUGAUACCAAGAUUUAUAUCUCUACUCUCACAUCUUUGGCAGCUGUGGAGACCGUGUUGAAGGAGCUUGGAUUGUUCAGCGAUCGUGAGAGGCAGCGUGCCAUGUCGGUGUUGCAUGAUGCAGGCGUGGAUGGCAAGAUUUCCAUUGGCAUCAAGAAGCUGCUAAUGAUUACUGAAAUGGCCCGACAAGAUACCGACAAGGUUGAGAAAUUCUGCAACACGAUCCUUUCAUUGUAG